AUCGCCGCUGGAUGACCACACAGUCCAUUCUCGUUGCUACAACAUAGCACAACUUAUCUCCUCUUCCUCCUCCUCCUUCGCCGCCUCCGUCACUACAACACCAUGAAGAACCUGGCCUUAGCACUGGUACUGGUGGGCGUGGCUGCCGCUUUCCCACGCGUUCGUCGCGACUCCACGCCCUUCUUUCUAGAUCUGCCGUCCAACGCUUCCCUCAUCGUGGGUGACAUCCAGACGGGCUUCGAUUGCAAUGAUCUACCUUACGGAUACUACGCCGACGAGGCCAACGACUGCGCUAUCUUCCACGUGUGUCUCCCCACCCAGAGCUUCGGCGUGGUUGCCGAGAGACACUUCUCCUUCUUCUGUGGGGAGGGCACAGUCUUCGACCAGGCGCAGCUCGUGUGUGCCACCCCCGAGGAGGCGCUUCCUUGCUCCGAAUCCACCGCCUUCAGGAAUGUCAACGAAUACUUCGGCCGAGAGAAUGUUAACUUCAACGAGUAGAAGCUAGGAGCACUAAGCCACAACCUACCCAACGGAGGCAAGAAUGACGACCUCCUGAUGACGACUACGGCAAGAAUGACGACCUCCUGAUGACGACUACGGCGAGGAUGACGACCAGGCACCGAAUACCAACUCUGAAUUUGACUUGAGCUUUAUACUAAACAAACGGAGUAAUUUUAAGAUACUGUCAUCUCGUUCCCCAGUCAGCACACCGUGUACUAUUAUGUCCAUCUUGUAAUAAAUAAGAAACUGUC